AUGGCGGAGAACAACUCAGGAGCAGCAUCUAACACAGGAGGAUCGCAGCAACAACCGCGAGAUAUUUCGGAGGCCGUAAUGCGUAUUCUCUCCAAUCAGCAGAUGCUUAUGCAACAGUUAUCACGGCAACUGGUUGAAACCCAUGUCGCCGUGCAGAAUCUGUCCCGGGAUGAAUCGGUACUGGAUUCACUAUCGAGCAAUAUGGUGGAAUUUGUCUACGAUAAAAACAAUGGACACACUUUCGAUGCGUGGUUUUCCCGCUAUGUGGAUUUGUUCGAUAAAGAUGCCGCCAGAAUCGAUGAUGCCGCUAAAGUGAGACUUCUGCUACGGAAAUUGAGUCCACAGGAUCAUGAACGUUAUAAUAGCUUCAUCUUGCCAAAACAGGCGCGUGGAUUUUCAUUCGAGGAAACUAUUCAAAAGCUAAAAUCUCUUUUUGGCGCCACAGUUUCUAUUUUUCGUCGUCGAUACCAUUGUUUCCAGACAAUCAAGGAAGAUGGCGACGACUAUCUCGCAUAUUCGUGUAAAGUCAAUAAAGCAUGCGUAGAUUUCAAGCUGUCAGAGCUGACUGAGGAACAGUUUAAAUGCCUCAUCUAUAUAUGUGGAUUAAAAUCUAAAAACGAUACUGAAAUCCGGAUGCGGCUUAUCAACAAAUUGAACGAUGCAGCAGAUUUAACACUUCAACAAGUGGUUGAACAGUGCAACAGUUCAGUUAACCUGAAACAGGACACUGUACUAGUUGAAAAUCCGUCAUCCGUAGUGAAUGCAGUCACGCACACCAAACGAUUCAAGCCGAGAGGUGUUACACAAUCUUCAGCCAACGCAGGCGGCAGUCGGGAGCAACCAAGAACACCCUGCUGGGCAUGCGGAGGCAUGCAUUACAACAAAGACUGCGGAUUUCGGGACCACAAAUGCCAUAAGUGUGGAAAGCACGGACACAAGGAGGGGUAUUGUGCAUGUUUUUCUUCGGCUAAAUAUUCAGCAAACCGUGCCAACAGCAGAGAUUCAAAGAAAAAGAAGUGGGAGUCAUCUACCAAAACAAUAACCGUCCAGAAGGUCAGCCAAGGGCGGAGGUUUGUGAAUCUUCGCAUAAAUAAUGUUCCACUACGCCUGCAACUGGACACAGGGUCCGAUAUAACCAUUAUUUCAUACCGAUCAUGGGUGAAGCUUGGUCGACCGAAGACGGCAGCAGCGGUUUGCAGCGCUAAAACAGCAUCAGGAGAUCCACUGCAGCUUACGUCAGAGCUCCAGUGUAACAUUACCCUUAAUGGCAUUACAAAAAGGGGUAAGUGUUUGAUUGCUGAUCCUAACGCCCAUCUAGACAUUUUAGGUAUUGACUGGUUGAAUUUGUUUGAGUUAUGGAACCGACCAAUUGCAUCGUACUGCAAACAAGUUACCAGUCAGCAAUCUCGAAUCGUAUCAGAGCUGCAAUCUCGCUUUCCGGAAGUUUUCACGGAUACUUUGGGUUUUUGCAAUAAAACCCCAAUUAAGCUGGUGCUCAAAGGUACCCCCAAACCAGUUUUUAGACCGAAACGGCCGGUCGCUUACAGCAUGCAAAGCGUAGUGGAAGACGAGCUCAACCGUUUACAAAGUCUUGGUAUCCUCAAGAAGGUAGAUUUCGCCGACUGGGCCGCACCUAUUGUCGUGGUGCGGAAGCCGAACGGCACUGUUAGAAUCUGCGCGGAUUUUUCGACGGGUCUAAACAAUGCUCUAGAAUCGAAUCAAUAUCCGCUACCGCUACCAGAAAAUAUUUUCGCCAAGAUGGCUAACUGUCGUAUUUUCAGCCAUAUAGAUUUAUCCGACGCGUAUCUGCAGGUAGCAGUCGAUGAAGCCAGUCAACCGUUACUGACCAUAAAUACACACAAAGGACUUUUCCAGUUCACCAGGUUAUCACCAGGCAUUAAAUCAGCACCAGGUUCAUUCCAGCAAUUAAUGGACACAAUGCUAGCUGGUCUUGAUUGCGCGGUGGGUUACCUGGAUGAUAUUUUGGUUGGUGGUGCAUCAGAGGAUGAGCAUCAGAGAAAUCUUUUUCUUGUUCUCGAGCGGUUGCGAGCGUAUGGGUUUUCAGUUCGUAUAGAAAAAUGCGAUUUUGGAAUGAAGCAGGUUAAAUACUUGGGUCAGAUCUUGGACGAGAAAGGUAUCAGACCUGAUCCGGAAAAAGUCUCCUCAAUUGUAAAUAUGCCAGCACCGCACGACAUUGCUACUCUUCGGUCAUAUUUGGGCGCAGUGAGUUACUAUGGGAAGUACGUAAAGGAAAUGCGCGCCUUGCGACACCCUAUGGACCAGUUGCUCAAAGCGGAAACAAAGUUCGAGUGGUCUGCAGCCUGUCAAAAAUCAUUCGACCGGUUCCGAGAGAUUCUCCAGUCCCCACUACUUUUGACGCACUACAACCCGAAGCUUAAAAUUCUUGUGUCAGCCGAUGCAUCGAUGCUUGGCCUGGGGGCCCGAAUUGCGCAUAUAUUCCCAGAUGGAACCGUGCGCGCUAUUUGUCAUGUGUCGCGAAGCUUAACAGCAGCUGAAAGUAAAUACAGCCAAAUUGAGAAGGAAGGGUUAGCACUGAUUUUUGCGGUAACCAAGUUCCACCGAAUUCUUUUCGGUCGGCAUUUCAUUCUGGAAACCGAUCACAAGCCGCUCCUCACAAUUUUUGGAUCCAAAAAGGGAAUUCCCAUUUAUACAGCAAACAGACUACAGAGAUGGGCGCUUACUCUUUUGCUGUAUGAUUUUGAUAUCCGUCACGUGUCUACAGAUAACUUUGGACAUGCCGAUAUUCUGUCUCGCUUGAUAAACAGACACAUUCAACCGCAAGAGGAGUUCGUUAUUGCAACCAUGGAGCUGGAGCAGGUGGUCAAAAAUGUUGCCAGUGAAGCGCUCACGGCUCUCCCGCUCUCGUUUCAGCAAAUUGUCGCAGCAACUGCAGACGAUGAUAAUUUACGCCAAGUGAUUCAGUUUAUCAAGAAUGGAUGGCCGUCAAAGAAAAUUGAAAGUGCAGAUUCGCAAAUUCUACAGUUUUAUCAGCGCCGUGAUGCUUUUUCUAUCGUAGAAGGGUGCAUUAUGUAUGGCGAACGAGUGCUCAUUCCACAGGUUUUUCGGAAACAAGUGCUUCAGCAGCUACAUAAGGGGCACCCAGGUGUAGAGCGGAUGCGAUCGAUUGCCCGUCAAUAUGUAUAUUGGCCCAAUAUCGAUAGUGAUGUCACCAGAGCCGUCAGUGUUUGUACCGAUUGUGCUAGUGUAGCGAAAACCGAUCGUAAGACGAAUUUAUCAUCUUGGCCGGCACCGGAGAAACCAUGGCAACGCGUUCACCUAGACUAUGCUGGCCCCAUGGCAGGACAGUACUAUCUAAUUUUGGUCGAUGCAUUUUCUAAGUGGCCUGAAGUAAUUCGAACGAAGGAUAUCACCACGGCGGCAACUACACACUUGCUUCGUGGUAUUUUUGCGAGGUUCGGAGCACCAGAAACGUUAGUUACGGACAACGGCCCCCAGUUUACGAGUGAGCAAUUUGCGUUAUUUUGUAGUAGGAAUGCGAUUCAGCAUUUAAGAACGGCUCCAUUUCACCCACAAAGCAACGGGCUGGCAGAAAGGUUUGUAGACACCUUUAGAAGAGCUAUUCGGAAAAUUAAUACCAGGGGAGAAACCGUUGAGGAAGCUGUCGACAUAUUUCUGCAAUGUUACAGGUCAACACCAUGCCGCAGUGCACCAGAAGGAAAGUCCCCUGCGGAAUUAUUGCUUGGCAGAGCGAUGCGCACAUCGCUAGAACUACUUCGUCCACCCACACAAACAAGUAAAUCGGAUUCGUCCUUCCAGGAAAAACAAUUUAACCGUAAGCAUGGUGCAAGAGCUCGAAACUACCAUCCGCAGGAUAUCGUCUGGGCCAAGGUUUUCAGACACAAUAAAUGGUUUUGGGAAGCCGAAACAGUAAUCGAACGAAUCGGAAGUGUGCUAUACAACAUAUGGCUACCAGCAAAGGAAACUCUGAUUCGAUCUCAUUGCAACCAGUUGAGGAGUCGUAAACAGGCAGCGCCACAGGAUGAGCAGGGCCAAGCAGCGAGUCUUAACAUACCAUUGAGCAUACUUUUGGAUACUUGUGGUAUCGGCAAUGCUACUAGUUCCGAACAUGCAGCACCGGUGGACGAACAACAAUCGCGAACUCAACACCGACGCCAACGCGGCCCCCCAAGCAGUCAACAGCAACAAUCGGCUACUCGCCAGUCUUCGAGGCAACGAAGACCGCCCGCGAGGUAUGACCCGUAUCAGCUAUAUUAA